CAGCGUUUUCGUGCGUGCCUGGCACCUCCCGACCGGGGCGCGCAUCCAGACCGUUCGCCAUCUAGCCCGCACGCCAUUUGCCCAACCCACCUCUCAUCAGCCUUACACGCGCGGCACAUGGAUUGCGGCUGCUAGGCCCAAGGAAUGUGUCGCUGUUGGCCGCCGCCGCCGUCGCCUAGAUCUUGCCCAUAGAUCUCGCCGAGCCAAGUGUCUUGGUCGUACUUACUCUAUCACCUUCCCCCACUCCCGUCACCACCACACCAGAACCUACAGUACUUGUCCAAGACCGCUCCUCCCCGCGGCACUGCUUGGUUCCCCAGCGCGCACCACCUCCUAGCAUCGCACCACGCUUUCGCAUUUGUGCCUCGUGCCACCUCAUCGAGCGAUCGACCAUUACACAUAUCUCGGUCUCCGACGGCUCACUGCACAGCGAUCCUUCCGGACUUGGAAAGGACUAGCACGCUUCGAUCACGAUGCUCUUCGACGAGAACUUCACCUUCGACACGCCCAGGUCACCCUCCCUGAGCUCCGACUUCACUCUCUCUACACGGGACACUUCGCGAUCAGUAUCGCCCUGCACAGCAGACACGACAACAGCCUACCCACCUCCACGCUUCUCGGUCACCGAUCUUGCAGUCAGCUUUGCAUCCUCGAGGCUACGACACGACUCGCAAAUAUGCUACGACUCAUGCGAAGCAUACGCAAACAUGGACGGCGACGAUGCCGGGUGGGAGAUCCCAGGAGUGACUGAGGAAUACUCCUAUCCAAUGUCCAGGACGAGGACGUUACCACAACGAUCACAUUCCCCAACAAGACGAAUGGCACGACAGGUCAAUACCAGGCUACUCUGCUCCACUGCGCAUGCGAAAGACAUUGCGGCACUAGUAUCGCGAAUGGUGGACAGCAAAGAGCAUUGCAACGUUGUGGGCUCUUCGACAUCGUCUGAAUCGACCAAACGAUCGGUGGAAACGAUGAACGACGACGAGGGCUACGACAGCGGAAGCGGCUUGAGCGCUGCCACUUCUCGACGAUCUUCACUGGCUGUCCAGAGGUCGAGAAUGGACUAUCGACGGACUUCGGAUCUCAAGACUGCUGGGGGAGCGCGAGUCAGCAAAGCCGUGAGACAGAAGAAGGAAGUCAAGCACAGGAGAGUAAGGAGCGAAGAAGAGUAAGACGGAUGCACGAAGAGUGGUUGUUUGAUUUUGUGUGACAUGAUACCCAGCGAAAGCGCAUAUGAUUGUAUAUUCGUCUCUUUAGCGAAGGCGCUUGGAAGGGAAAAAGAAUGGGAAGCCCGCUACACAUUUUUUGAAGGCGAGGCAUGGGCCAAUGUGGCUGAUAUUGGCACAGCCUGUGGUAAAGCACAGAUAAGCUCGUGGACGACAGCACGACAUGAAGCAUACAGUAGAAAUACUGGAGCAAAGUAUAGCAAUGCAGAGCAAACGCUCUUGUACAGUGGAAAC